AUGCUGCAAAGCGAACAAGACUCCUCGCCGUUUUUGUCAAUGAAAGAGCCAAACUUUCUUGCGCUAUUGUCUCUUCAGACACUCAAAGAGCCUUGGGAACUCGAAAGCUAUUUCUCACGCAUGGAUCCUUAUUCGCCGGUCCAAUCCGAGACCAACCACUUCUACCACAACCCCAUUUCAGCAUCAUCCAUGGAAGGAACCAAGCAAGAACUCUCUUUUAGUCGAGCAAACAUGACAAUCCCUUCUUCUUCGUCCGCAUCACCACCACACACCGCAAAUUCAAGACGCAAGCGCAAAAUCAGCCACUUGAAGCCUCAAGAAACGACUCGAGAGAAGAGAAAGAGGAGGAAAACUAAACCAACUAAGAACAUUGAAGAGAUUGAGAAUCAAAGAAUAAACCACAUUGCUGGAGACCAAGCAUCCAUAGUAGGAGGAGCAAUAAACUACGUGAAGGUCCUCGAGCAAAUCAUACAAUCUCUUGAAUCGCAAAAGAGAACACAACAACAAAGCAAUGGAGAAGAAAACAGAGAUAAUAAUCAUCAUCUCUCAGGCAUUUCGUCGAACGACUUGUGGACUACUCACGAAGAUCAAACUUGUAUCCCCAAAAUCGAAGCCACAAUGAUACAGAACCACGUCAACCUUAAAAUUCAAUGUCCGAAGAAACAAGGACAGCUUCUCAAAGGAAUCAUUUCGCUUGAAAAGCUUCGACUCACUGUUCUUCAUCUCAAUAUCGCUUCUUCUUCUUCUCAUUCAAAUGUCUCUUAUUCCUUCAACCUCAAGAUGGAAGAUGAUUGUGACUUAGGUUCCUCCGACGAGAUUACGGCGGCUGUGCAUCGGAUUUUUGAUAUUCCGACGAUUUGA